CCAGAGCAGGAGGGGGACCUGGACAUGUACGUCCCCCUUUCUACCCUCCUCCAGUUCUUCUUCUAUGCUGGCUGGCUGAAGGUUGCAGAGCAGAUCAUUAACCCCUUCGGAGAAGACGACGAUGACUUUGAGACCAACAAGCUGAUAGACAGGAACCUGCAGGUGUCCCUGCUCUCCGUGGAUGACAUGUACCAGAACCUGCCCCCCGCCGUGAAGGACAAAUACUGGAACGAGUCCACGGCUCAGCCCCCUUACACCAUGGCCACAGCCGCCGAGACCUUGAAGCCCUCAUUCCUGGGCUCCACCUUCGAUAUGCGCAUGUGCGAGGAUGUGGAGCAGAGCCAGCCGGCGGAGACCUCGCCGAGCGUGCUGCGCAUCCAGACGCCUCUGCUCAGCCGCCUCUUCGCCGCCGCGUCCCCUGCCAUCAGCAUCAAAAACUUUGGCCAGGGCAGCCGAGGUCACCCCCACCUGCGCCGUCCCCGGGUGGACGGCGGCUUCCCCUCCCCUUACCCCAACCGCACCGAGGACCCCGAGUCGGUGGGCCGCAUCGAGGAGGAGAUGGAGGAUGAGGAGAGCCGGGCCAGUGAGCUCACUGUGCUUGGUGGCUGCCGGGGGGGAACCCGGCCACCGGAGACUUCCAAAACAUGUAGGAAGGAGCUGCCGCUGAUCCAGGUGAAGGCACCAUCCAGUGACAGCAUCGGGGCUGACCAGCCGGAGGCCUGGGAGCCCUGA